UGGUGGGUCAGGUAUAAUAAGAUAAGUAGAAACCGGUUUAUUUGGCUCAGACUCCAUUUGUGAGCAGAGCAGAAGGAGAACCAAAAAUCUAGACCAGGGUCGAGAUGUGUGAGGAGGAAAAACUUGCUGGCAUCCUGGAUGAUAUAGCUGAUCAUGAAUUUGAUAACUUCAAAUGGCACCUAAAGAGAGAGAUCUGGAAUGGCAUAGAUCCCAUCAAAACCUCCAAGCUGGAGAGGGCGGAGAGGCUCGACAUCGUGGACCUAAUGGUGCAGAAAUACCAGGUUGCUGGAGCUAUAACAGUUACAAUGAUUAUUAUGGAGAAGAUCAAAAGAAAUGACCUGGUGAAGAAGCUCAGUGAACCAAGUCCUGAAGCUCCAGUUGAAGAUUUUGCUGAUCGGUGUCAACAUGACCACAAAGAAUAUCUGAAGAAGACAUUGCAAUGUCUCCGUGAAGGCAUUGCAGAAGCUGGAAAAAAAACCUUUCUAAAUGAUAUCUACACAGAGCUCUACAUCUUGGAUGGAGGAAUUGGACAGGUUAAUAAUGAACAUGAAGUCAGACAGAUUGAAACAGCAACCAGCAAACCAGGCAAAACAAUACAACUAAAAGACAUCUUUAAACCCCAACCUGAAACAAACGAAUCAAUUAAAACAGUGAUGACAAAGGGAGUAGCCGGCAUUGGGAAAACAGUCUUAACACAGAAGUUCACUCUGGACUGGGCUGCAGACCAAACCAGCCAGAACAUCCAGUUCAUAUUUCCAUUCACUUUCAGAGAACUGAACACAAUGAAAGAGAAAAGGUUCAGCUUGGUGGAACUAAUUCAUAAAUUCUUUAUUAAAACCAGAGAUGUCUGCUGCUUUGAGCAGUUCCAGGUUCUGUUUAUCUUUGAUGGUCUGGAUGAGAGUCGACUUCCUCUGGACUUCUACAACAAAGAGAUCCUGACUGAUGCUACAGAGCCUACCUCAGUGGACGUUCUGCUGAUAAACCUCAUUAGGGGAAAACUGCUUCCCUCUGCUCUCCUCUGGAUAACCACACGACCUGCAGCAGCCAAUCAGAUCCCUCCUGAGUUUACUGACAUGGUCAUAGAGGUCAAGGGAUUCACCGACUCACAGAAGGAGGAGUACUUCAGGAAGAAAUUCAGAGAUGAUGAGGAGAAGGCCAACAGGAUCAUAUCACACAUAACAGCAUCCCGAAGCCUUCACAUUAUGUGCCACAUCCCAGUCUUCUGCUGGAUCACUGCUGAUGUACUGGAGGAUGAGUUGAAGAACAAAGAAGGAGGAGAGCUGCCCAUGACCCUUACUGAGAUGUACAUCAAGUUCUUGGUAGUUCAGAUCAAAAUCAAGAAGAAAAAGUAUGAUGGAGGAGCAGAACAAGGUCCAGACAUCAGUAAGAUGGUUCAGUCUCUGGGAAAACUGGCUUUGGACCAGCUGCUAAAUGGAAACCUCAUCUUCUAUAAAUCAGACCUCCAAGACUGUGGCGUAGAGAUGAAAGAUGUUUCUUUCUCAGGAGUGUUCACUGAGAUCUUUAAAGAGGAGACGGGGAUAGGCGAAACCUCUGUCUACUCCUUUGUUCAUCUGAGCCUCCAGGAGUUUCUGGCUGCAGUCUACAUGCUCCACAGUUUCACCACAAGGAAUACAGAGGCAAUGAUGAUGUUCCUGGAAGAAGAUGACCACUCAUCUUUGUAUUACUUCUUCACGUUUUUCAUGAACCUGUCCAAGAAAACAGACCAUGGCUACUCACUGGAUGAGUUCCUGAAGAAAGUCAUGGAGAAAUCCCUCAGCAGUGAAAAUGGCCACCUGGACCUGUUUGUUCGCUUCCUUCAUGGCCUCUCUGUGGAGUCCAACCAAAGACUCUUAAGAGGCCUGAUGGGUCAGACAGAGAACAGUCCAGAAACAAUCCACAGAAUCACCGACAAUCUGAAGAAGAUGAACACUGAUGAUAUCUCUCCUGAUAGAAGCAUCAACAUCUUUUACUGUUUGAUGGAGAUGAAUGACCUCUCAUUUUGUAAGGAGAUUCAACAGCUCCUGGAGUCAGGGAAGAAACUCUCAGAGGUCCAAUGCUCAGCUCUUGCCUACAUGCUGCAGAUGUCAGAGGAGGUUCUUGAUGAGUUGGACCCAGAGAAGUACAACACAACAGCAGGUGGACGACAGAGACUGGUUCCAGCUGUGACAAAUUGCAGGAAAGCUGUACUUGGUGGCUGUUGGCUCUCAGAGACUGAAUGUGAAGUUGUGGCCUCAGCUCUGCAGUCCAAACCCUGCCAUUUGACUGAACUGGAAAUAAGUCAGUUCUGCAAACUGAAAGACUCUGGAAUGAAGCAUCUGUGUGCGAUCCUGGAGACUUCAGUCAGCAUAGUGAAGAGUUUGAGGUUGGAGAGCUGCUGUUUGUCAGAGACCAGCUGGUCUUCUCUGUUCUCAGCGCUGAAGUCCAACCCCUCCCAUCUGACAGAACUGAACCUGAGUGGCAACCAAGACCUGAAAGAUUCUGGAGUGAAGGAGCUCUGUGGUUUCCUACAUACGCCUCUCUGCAAAAUACAAAAACUGAGAUUGCAAGACUGCUGCUUGACCGAGGUCAGUUGUGCUUCUCUGGUCUCAGCUCUGAAGUCCAACCCCUCCCAUCUGACAGAACUGAACCUGAGCCUCAACUAUGGCCUGAAAGAUGCCGGAGUGAAGGAGCUUUGUGGUUUUCUUCAGACUCCUUUCUGCAAAAUACAGAUAUUGAGAUUGAGCAGCUGCAGUUUGUCAGAGAUCAGCUGUGCUUCUCUGGCCUCAGCUCUGAAGUCCAACCCGACCCAUCUGACAGAACUGAACCUAAACUACAACAAACAUCUCAAAGAUGCUGGAGUCCAAGAGCUCUGUGGUUUCCUACAGAGUCCUGACUGCAAAAUACAAAAACUCAGUUUGGUGAACUGCAAGCUGUCAGAGAUCAGCUGCGCUUCUCUGGCCUCGGCUCUGAAGUCCAACCCCUCCCAUCUGAAACGACUGGACUUGCUUUCGAACAAACUGAAGAGGUCAGAUGUUCAGCAGCUGAAGGAUCUCGUAAAGACCGUAAGGUCAGUAGACGGUUGUGACCGAGUCCGGCUACGGUCAGCAGUACUGAACUAAACCCAGUUCAAAGCAUCAAAGCAAAGCUCUAGUGUUUCCAGUAAAGCUGGAGCUUCAGGAGAAUAUCAACAAGCUUCCUGAUUGGACACACGGGCAACGAGAUAGAAUCUUGUUGUGUUCCUGUUUCCAGGGAUUCAAGCUUGAUUCCAGCUGCCAGUUUUUCAGUACGUCUUGAGACGGUGCUCUUAAUUGUUCAACCUGUGGCAGCAUCUUAGAUCUGAUCUAAAACUGUUUGUUCUCGGAGUUCAAAAGAAAAGGAAAAAAACUGAUCAGCUUCAUCUUUGUCACUGCUCUGAGAUCAGUCUAACUGCAGCCUGGAAAUCACUGGCUCUUAUUUCACAGUCAUUACAUUUAGUCACCAGGUGGUCUUUCUGCUGAAGUCCACUCCUCACAGCUGGACAUUUGUCCUUCUGUCCUUAGUUUCAUCCAGAUGUGUUCAGGGACAGCCUCCAUGUUUAUUAGUCGGCUGAUGUUUCAAUGACUUGAUGAGGUGUUCGCCAGAAGCAGAUAGUUUGUGUGUUUUGAAUGGAGCAGCAGGAAAUCUGUCACCAAAGUGUUUGUGAAGCAACGAAGCUACGUGAACCUCAGCGGUUUAUUUCCUCUGUUUACUUGAAUGGAGCCUUCCGAGGAUACUAAGUGUGUGUGCGUGUGUGUGAGCUUGGAGUUCAUCGUGUUCACUCCAGCAUGAUAGGAUGAGAGCUGGAGGUCAGAUGUCCCUCCUGCUCUUUCCAAUGGAUGUGCUGCAUCAGUGACUGUCAGCCGAGGCUGGCAGCGCUCACUGAUCUCCUCUGUCGCUCCUCUCUUCUCU